AGGUGAGUGGCAGCACAUCCGCCAGUGUGACCUGAGGCCGCCUGACCAUGUGUCCCUCAGGGAGCCCCGCGUAGAGGUGUUCCCAGUCGUUGGGAAGCCUGUAGGGGCGUCGCGUCGCCAUCUGGGCAGCGUGCGCGGGUCUGCAGCUGCUCGCGUGUCUUCAGCCCGGAGACCCUGACCACACUGAGGGUUUGCCGGGUGCCCGCGCCCUGGGGGAAUCCUGGAGUGACGAAUGCCAGAAGAGCUGGGAAGGCUCAGAGAGAUAGGAAGCAUGGGGUUCCAGACCUGUGGAUUUUUCAUCCAGAAGCAUUUAAUAUGUCGUAGGAACAGAUUAAACUAUUGCCAACUUUUUAUCCGUAUUGGGGGCUUCAGAAUGUAGGGGCUACUACUUACUGGGAAUGGAAAAUCUGUGAGCGAGAACAUGGGAAAUACCCGGAUUUAACAGGUGGGUGAAGGAAGAUUUGCAGUCCACACAUAGCAAGAAGAAGAGGACACGGAGAUCGAGAAGAAAACUUUGAGAAACCAAGGGAAUAAAGUAGGGGCAAUCUCAAAACUUGCAGACAUCCAGCUAGGCAGCGUGGAAGAAGUGGACCUGUAUUGUCACAUCUUCCGUUUUUUAAAAAAACAACGCCAGAAACCUGCUGAGUUUUUAAUGUUGGCGACUAAGGAGAAGCCUAACUCUUUGAGAACCAAACCAAAUGUGUCAAUGUGGCGGGAUCCUCAGGCUGCCAAUUUGCGAUUUUUGAAAAGCUGCUUUUAGCGAAGGAGGUAUUGGUGAGCAAUGCCAGAUGGGGUGGGAAGGUGAGGAUAAGCAAGAUGGGAUUCAGCAAUGAGGAGGUCAUUGGAUGCUAGCACUGAGCGCUGAGGUCCUAGCUGAAACUGGAAACUCGACGCGUGUCAUGAUGCUAUGUGUAGCUGUACAGUUUUGCUGGCCACAACAUUUAACGUCUUAGGAGGAAUUGGCAGAGAAGGUUGGGAGUCAGCAACAAGUCGCCACAGGACAAGUAGGUGAGGAGCAUGAUGCUGGCAGGAGAGUUGAAGAGACACUAGAAGAGGAGGACCUGGGUGAGAGUGGAAGAUUAUAAGAACAGUGAAUGCAGCUCAAAGAAGGGUUUUUUAAAAGACAUACAGUUGUUGGGAUUGAGAUUCACAAUGGAGGUUCCCCCAGCAACCAAGUUUAGAGAGACCUUUGUAUUUGAGGACAGGUUAGAGACACGGCAAGACCUUUUCCCAGGGGAAGACCUGGGAGACUCUUUUCUUCGGGAAAGAGGUUUGGAACAAAUGGCUGUUAUUUACAAGGAGAUCCCUCUUGGGGAGCAAGACUUGGAACAUGAUGAUUACGAGGGGAAUUUCAGUCUCUGUUCAAGCCCUGUUCACCCUCAGAGUAUCCUCCCAGGUGCCAGACCCCAAGAUGAGGAGAUAUUUGGCCAAGCCUUUCUCAAGAAACCUGACAUUAAUAUGUGUCAAAUCAUCCAUGGUGAAGAGUCCUGUCCACAAGCUUGUGAAGAAGUGGACAGGGGAGACUUGGGACCUAAUGUACCUCACCUAACCCCACAGCCAGCCAAGCCCUAUGCAUGUCGUGAGUGUGGCAAGGCCUUCAGCCAGAGCUCACACCUUCUGCGACAUCUGGUCAUCCACACUGGGGAGAAGCCCUAUGAGUGCUGUGAGUGUGGCAAGGCCUUCAGCCAGAGCUCUCAUCUUCUCCGCCAUCAGAUCAUCCACACUGGGGAGAAGCCGUAUGAGUGCCAGGAGUGUGGGAAAGCCUUCCGCCAGAGCUCAGCCCUCUCGCAACACCAGAAAAUACACACUGGGAAGAGGCCCUAUGAGUGCAGGGAAUGUGGGAAAGAUUUCAGCCGGAGCUCCAGCCUCCGAAAACACGAGCGAAUUCACACAGGAGAGAGACCUUAUCAGUGUAAGGAAUGUGGGAAAUCCUUCAACCAGAGUUCAGGCCUGAGCCAACAUCGGAAAAUCCACACCUUAAAGAAACCCCACGAAUGUGAUCUCUGUGGAAAAGCCUUUUGUCACAGGUCCCACCUCAUCCGGCACCAGCGGAUUCACACAGGGAAGAAACCUUACAAAUGUGAAGAGUGCGGCAAGGCUUUCAGCCAGAGCUCCAACCUCAUUGAACACCGGAAGACUCACACUGGUGAAAAACCCUAUAAGUGCCAUAAGUGUGGGAAGGCCUUCAGCCAGAGCUCCUCUCUAAUUGAGCACCAGCGAAUCCACACCGGGGAAAAGCCCUAUGAGUGCUGUCAGUGUGGCAAGGCCUUCUGCCACAGCUCUGCACUGAUUCAGCACCAGCGGAUCCAUACUGGCAAGAAGCCCUAUGCCUGUGAGUGUGGCAAGGCCUUCAGGCACAGGUCAGCUCUCAUUGAGCAUUAUAAAACCCACACCAGAGAGAAGCCCUAUGUGUGUAAUCUGUGUGGCAAGUCCUUCCGAGGGAGCUCGCACCUGAUCCGGCAUCAGAAGAUUCAUGCUGGGGAGAAGUUCUAGAAGGGGAAGCCCCACCACAGCUUGGAAGCCUUUGCCAGGUGGGAGUCCACAUCCAUGCCACUUCGUCUCUGAGACCCCACCUACCUCCCUGAUAACUUUUGCUGGGUGGACACCCUCCAAUACAGUCCUCCUGAGCAUCCCUGCUAUCAGGAAGGCAGCUAUGCUCACCACUAUACCACCAACGCCGGCAUCCCUGCUAUCAGGAAGCCCCACAUGGCACCAAGCUCUCAGUAGAUUCCCGGGUGGAAGGCAAGAGGGCCAAGGGGAGGUGAGCCCACAAAAAGAGCUGGCUUUCAGCUUUCUUAUUCUCACAUUUGACAUCCUACGAUGAGACUUUAUUUUUCCCUGUGUCUGCUUUUCUCAGAGUCUGGAAGAAGAUAUGUCAAGAGGCAGGAAGAGAAAACCCAAGGAAAUUUAGAUUUGCUCUUUAAGGCAGCAGACUGGCCCUUUCAGAAGACAGAAAGCACAUCUACAGUCCAAGUCAGCUGAAGAAUAUGAAUUCAAAAAUAGAUAUGAAAGAGGCGAAAUGUAAUUCUGUGCCUGGGUUGAGCACUGAUGACGAUAAUCAAAACAUAUUACCAGGGCAGAGGAGGGUAUCGAAGGAUUGAUUUGGGGGUUGGUGAGGGUGAUGACCCCGUAGGCAUGGUCUCAUAACCCUCUGGUUAGCAUAAGAGUGGAUUCUGUCAGUGGAUCAGUCACAAGAGGGCAGAGGUUUGGCCCUAUUGUGACCCCAGAAUGUUUGACACCUGUGACUCAGCUGGGUUCUGGUACUGACACCCUCCAGGAACAACCCCUCCCUGAGACCUAGUGCUCCCAGAGCACAGUGUGCCUUAAACACCAGCUGGGCACACUUCUGGUCUGGGAGUUACAUAGAUUCCUCUCUUUACUUCUUGGUGUUGGGAUGUGGGAAGCAGGUGAUUUGGAGGAGGAGAGGUGGCCGUGGUUCAAUCAGAAGAGUGGAAAAAGCCUUUUGCUUUUCAGAAGGUCUGGGUUCAAUUAUGAUUUUCCUAUCCUGCAAAUAGUGUGUUUCCUGGAUUACAUUUAGAAUGGCUUCAUGAGGUAUUUUGACAAAUAUAGUUUUUGAAACUUCAGUGUGUUUUUUAGAGAAAUUUCAUCUGGUUAUCCAUAAAACAGCUAAAACUAAAUUUCUUUCAUGGUCUCCCUACUUCAUUUAUGUCAUUCAGUUUAAAGUGUGUAGUCCUAAAGUGGGGGCUGGGUUUGAAGUCCAGUCCCGCCCCUGACCUGAGCCCCACAACUUCCCAAGUCUGUUUCCCUGUAUGAAUGGCCUGGCCACAUACUUCUAAGAGUAGGUUUGAGGAUUCUGUUCAGAACGGGGCUACACUUGUGCUCGCUUCGGCAGCACAUAUACAGAAUGGGGCCACACUUGCAGGUUCUUUGACAGCUCAGCAGUCAUGGGUGGUGGUUGAGGAUGGAGACCCUGAGUGACCUCCUACCCUGAAGCAUGUUACCUGCAGACCAGAGAAGUGUACAACGCACCGACAUGUCCUCCUAGACACUCUCCAAAGCCUCCCGCUGCAGUGGCGUCAUGCUUGCUCCAGUGAUCUUUCUAUCCUACCUUCUAACUGUAGUUCACCUGGGGGUUGUUUAAGCUUAAAGUGUCACUGACCCUGUCCCACCUGGACUCAUUCAAUCGGAAUCACUAGUGUUGGAUCCCUGACAUGUUUCAGAAGUUCCCUAGGUGGUUAUGAGUGGUAGCAUGUGGCCAGGCAGUGAGCCUUGAGCUGGGUUUUCAUGUAGCCCCAACAGAUUCCCUGUCAGCCUGUUCACUUUGGCAUAGCAGAGCUUGAAGGCCACUCUGUCUCAGUGUACCCCCACCCUGGAGCCCUGGGAAUGAGCUCAGACAGUGAUAGUUGUCUUGCCAGUUGAUAAGCUCUUGUCCCAGGCCAGGGAGUCUCUGUCUUUUUGCAGUGCUGGAAACUGAAUCCAGGUCCUUGCACAUGCUAGGCAAGCGCUCUAUCACAGAGCUACAUCCCCAGCCCUGUGAGGGAACUUUUUAGUACUCACCAAACUCUUCAGAGCUAGUGGAGAAAGAGGCAGUCAGGGCUGUUUUGAAGUUUUCCAAGAGUUUAUGUCUGGAGUCACAGGAAUGUAUGUGGUGGUGAUACGGCUGUUUCAGCUGGCCUGGAGCAUGGUGUGGUAUAUAGUUUUGAUGAAUGAACAUGACAAAGCCAUAUUUGUUCCCUACUAAGUGAGGUCUGAUAGGCCAGAGAUUUUGUGUUUGUGUUUGUUUUGUUUUGAUAACCAGGAAUCUAACUCAGGUCCUUGCA